AUGAUCGGCCUCAGUGCAAGGCCCAGCCCAAAGUCCCGAAGCUGCAUGAAGUGCUCCGUGAUUUUGGCUCAGAAGCAAGGACGUUGCCGGUGCGAUGGGCGAAGGGAAGAUCACCAUAUUGAUGCCGAGGAGGAGAAAGCUCUGGCAAGGAGGAACCUUGAGAAUUUGGGUUGCCCCAUGGCAGGACCACUCCGAGACUCCACACUCCAGGUCCUUAGCCAAAGUUUUGUGUCGCAGCAUCGAGUAGCGACAUUAGGCGCUUGGCGUGGCCUGCAAAUCCUGAAGUCGCAAAGAGCCUCUGUGUUGUGA